AUGCUGAACUUCGUCAAGCAAUAUGAAAAAAUCCAGAACCACAUCCUUGCCAAGGAAGGCUGCAAUGAUUACACGACAAAACACCUUGAGAUUGAGCUAUGGUCCAACUUCCCAAUAGAGAAGCAAGCUUACAAAACCUAUACUAGGGACCUUUACCGCAAGUUCAGAGAAGAGUUUGAGCUGAUUGGACGUUAUAAUGCAUUCCAAGUUGGUGCUGAUAUAUUUGAGCUCAGACCGAACCAGGAAUUUGUUGCCAAAUAUGGUUCUCGAAACUACUUGGUGCAGGCAAGGGUGGAGGAGGGUUCCUAUUUGUGUGAGUGCUGUAAAAUGGACAAGGACGGCAUCCUCUGUUGCCACAUCCUCAAGGUGUUCACCCAUAUUGGAGUUGAUGUCAUACCGGAAAGGUACCUGCUAAGACGGUGGACACCUACUGCUGUACCUAGUGCGCCAGGGACUGGUUAUGAGCAACCGGAUGAAAUGCCUCCUCAAUCAAAGAAGCAGAUAAGGGAGAGGAACGUGAUAUACGAUUUUGCGAAACUAGCAAAGUUUGCGAGUGGUUCUGAUCCAGCACAAGCUAUUGUAUACAAGCAUAUGCGCGCAGCACGUACCGAGAUCGGCCACGUGAACAAGUCCAAGAAAAAGAAAAACCGACUGCUGCCACGGGGCCAUCAAAUGAUGGCAACCCUCGAGGACCUCCUCCACCUCCAGGCAGCAAUCAGGGGGCUCAUCAUCCAGGUGAUGUCAACCCUCAAGGACCUCCUCCACCUCCUGGCUGUACACGGCAUCCUCCGCCACCUCCUCCCCCGCGUGCUCCUCCCAAUGGCCCUACAGGCAGCACUCAGGGGGCUCAUCGUCCAGGUGAUGCCAACCCUCAAAGACCUCCUCCCCCGCCUGGCCCAACUAGCAGUGCCCUGCGUGCUACUCCCAAUGGACCUAUAGGCAGGACUCAGGGGGCUCAUCACC